AGCUACGCCAAUGGUAGUUUGAAGCAAUUCGGCAACGUCGGCAGAUAGUACCACUGGAACAGCAUAUGCAUCGAUAUCUGCGAUCUGGUGGUACCUGGUUCAGGCUUGUGCAUAUUUCUCGCCGGAGGUACUGUCUUAACGCCGGCUGGUUAAUACAGAAAAGGUCUAGAAGGAUGGAUAGUAUCAGAAAAGGAUGGUUCAGUGAGUUAUCAGAACUUUGGCCGGGGCAGUGUUUUUCCUUGGAAGUCAAGGAGGUACUAUACAAGGACAAGUCGAAGUACCAGGAUAUACUUAUCUUUGAAUCGAAAAACAAUGGAACAGUUUUAGCAUUGGACGGCAUAAUUCAGUGUACCCAGAAAGAUGAGUUUUCUUACCAGGAGAUGAUCACAUUCUUGCCCCUGUGCGCCCAUCCAAAUCCAGAGAAUGUGUUGAUUGUUGGAGGAGGAGAUGGAGGAGUUGCUAGGGAAGUGGAGAAACAUCCACUUGUCAAACGAUGUGUACAGGUUGAAAUCGACGACAGAGUGGUGGAAAGCAGCAAAAAAUUUCUCCCAUUUAUGGCAAAAGGCUUCAAUUCAUCAAAACUAUCCCUUCACAUUGGUGAUGGCUUCGAAUACAUGAAGCAGCACAUAAGCGAGUUUGAUGUCAUCAUAACAGAUUCCUCAGAUCCAAUAGGACCGGCAGUUAACUUGUUUACUGAGUCUUAUUACAAAUUGCUUAAACAGGCGUUAAGGUCGAAUGGAAUAGUCUCUUCUCAGAUGGGCACGGUGUGGACAGAUCUACCCCAGAUUAAACAAACAAUGAAUAAUUGCCGGAAACAUUUUCCAAAUGUCAGGUAAGUCGAUCUGCUUAACUCAUUGAUCGCUUCGCCUUUCACUGGUGACUAACACUACACUAUUCCCUAUUCCAAAGCUACACGCUUACUUUUAAUUUAUUAUUUAGCGCUGUCAGUCAUGUGUUUUUGAGUUAAAUUAUAUUAGAUUUGCCUUACGUGGAAUAGAGGCAAGUGGCCUAACUUUGGAUGCUUUUCCUUGAUUCAAUUUUCUGAGACGAAAAACAACUUUUGUAAUUGCUUGUUUGAGCUGAAAAUAUGCCAUUACUUAAAUAAACGGACGUGAUGCAUACUAAAACAUUUAUUUUACCCAUAAACGGCAUAAAUAUUAGGCACAAGUAAAAAAUGACACUCUUUCAAAUAAAACAAAACGGUCCUCAAAAUUGAAUUGAAUUGAAAGAACCUAUUUUUCUAAACAAAAAUCGCACAUGUAAGCUUUAUUUUGUCACUACCAGCUUAGUCUUCAUGAGACUAUCUGGAGCAAAUUGAGAAAUGUACCCAGUUUUAUCCAUUUUGGUCCUCUGAAUAACGUGCAGUACAGGAAAUACACUCUGCGUCACUCUCGUGAUCGAUCCAUGUCUGAGUCGUCUUCAUAAGGAACAUCUUCUGAGGAGUCAGAGCAUUCAGUUUCGUCUUCUUUUUAGUUUUUUCUUCUUUUUUUCUUUUAAGGGUGAUAACUCUAGCAAUCUUGGAUUGUGUACUGUGGUGAUGCUAGUUUCGUCAACAUUAUAACCGCCCAGUGGGUUAAAAUGAAUCUUCUCCAUAGCCGGUUUCAGGAUUUCAAAUAAACUGUUGAUAUUUUGAGGGGUAAAACCUUUUGCUCUAUUUUUUUAAAUCCCCUGUGGUUUUCUCAAAGAUAGAUUGGCAUGGCGUCUCAAAAAACUUCGGAGCCAUUUUUUACCGGCAUUACCGUCUCUUUCUGAGGAGGGGUAGGAAAUGUUAUUUCUUAUAGCAAGCCGGUAUGCCAGUCAGCGAAUGUCUACAAGUCUUAGACCAUAAUAUCUUACAGUACUGCACCAAGACUUCUUCCAUUUCAGUUGAUAAAGCUGGUUUUCGACCCAUUCGUAGAGUUCAUUGCUCUUCCAAGGACUUGCCACGUUUGACAUAUAGUAUCGUCUUUGGAACGCCGAAGGAUGCUUUUAAAUAUCUCAUUCCAUUACUUUAACUGCCUCUAUGUCUUUUGCAUAUUUUCUGGAUUCCAUUUUUAUGUGGGAGUCCUUUCUUAUGCAUUUUACUGGAAAAAAUGUGUAGGUAAUUAUAUUUUGAAACACAUUUUUGAAACUAAUUUUUGACAUCCAGUUUUAAGACAUUUUGCUU